AGUUUCUGUAUCACCAUGUGUGCCGAUCCUGCGUGAGCGGGCCUACUGCUGCUGGCAGUCAGCGGGCAGGCAAAGGAGAAGAGGAGGGGAGGAAAAGUGUGUUUACACAGACGGCAAACUGCCUGGGGAAUCGUAGGGGAGAGGAAGUCAGCCGGCUCUGUCUGCCUGCUCCAACUUCCUGCUCAGAAAAAGAAAAAGCCCAGGAUCCUAUUUCAGUCCAGCACAACUGUGUAGACCAGAAGUAAGCAUGGAAAAACAAGGGAUCACACAAGCUUCACCGUAAAGUUUCACGGAGGGAAAAGACAAAGUCAGAGAUUGCAGGUAUGGACAGUGCCAUUACCCUGUGGCAGUUCCUGCUGCAGCUGCUGCUCGACCAGAGUCACAAGCACCUGAUAUGUUGGACGUCCACAGACGGCGAGUUCAAGCUGCUGAAGUCAGAGGAAGUGGCCAAGCUCUGGGGCCUACGCAAGAACAAGACCAACAUGAACUAUGACAAGCUGAGCAGAGCCCUGCGCUACUACUACGACAAGAACAUCAUCAAGAAGGUGAUCGGCCAGAAGUUUGUCUAUAAGUUUGUGUCCUUUCCUGAGAUCCUGAAGAUGGACCCACAGGCGGUGGAGAUGGGCCUGGCUUCUGGACGGUUUCCCCUCCAGGAAGGAGAGGCUCCUGAGCUGGAGGUAGAAGAGGAGGAGGAGGAGGAAAGCGAGGAGGAGGCGCAGAGGAGGACCCUGGCGGCCCUGGGGGCGCAGCAGUGUCGUAACGACUACCUCCGCUCGGGUCUCUACUCCUCCUUCAGCAUCAGCUCCCUGCAGAACCAGCCUGAUCUGCUGCGCGCGCUGCGGGAGCGCCAGGAGGAGCCACGCUCCGUCAUCCGCUUUGGCACCAACACCGGCGAGAGGAGCUCCCCUCCCUCUGCCAAGCCCGAGUCCUAUGUCUCCCCCAGGCCAUCCAGACUCCCCUCUCAUUCCCACUCCCCGCCCUCCCCCCACACCCAGCCCGGCCGUAGCUGGAGCCCUGCUGCCAAAGAGGAGGAGGAGGAGGACUCUGACCAGAGUGCUCAGCCCCUCAACCUCUCCUCUGGGCACAGGGAGCGAGCCCUGCAGCCUCCUGAGAAGAGAAGCAGCAGCAGUGGUAGAAGUAGUUCUAUUAGUAGUAGUGGUAACCAAGGAGAUGGACUCCCACCAAAAAGCAAAAAGCCCAAAGCUCUGGAGAUCUCCGCCCCAUCCCUGCUACUUGCAGGGAGCGACAUCGGCUCCAUCGCCCUCAAUAGCCCAGCACUCCCGUCUGGCUCCCUCACUCCGGCCUUCUUCACGGCACAGACUCCCUCUGGUUUGUUACUGGCUCACAGUCCGCUGUUGUCAGGCAUCCACUUCUGGAGCAGCCUGAGCCCCGUCGCCCCGCUCAGCCCCGCCCGGCUGCAGGGCCACAGUUCCCUUUUCCAGUUCCCCAGCCUAAUCAACGGACACAUGCCUGUCCCUCUGCCAAACCUGGAAGGAACACCCUCCUCCCUGCUCCUGUCCCCCACCACCCACAAAUCCUGAUCCAGGAUCUGUGAAAAACCUGUCAUCUUCAUCCAUCUCUUGUUGAAAGUUUCUCAAAGUCAUUAUCAUCAGCAGCAGUGAUCUGUUCUCCGUCUUGUCAAAAUUUGCUUCAGAAACGUCCUACGAGACGGUAUGUGACCUCACUUUUUUUUUUUUUUGCACUUGAGUUGCUUCAGAUUCCAGUGGGUGAAAGCACUUGGUAAAAGCCAUAUGCCAUGAUGUCUAUGAGGCGUCUGGCUCUUUGUGAUAAAAUACAGCACAUUUCCACAUGACCCUGUCCAUGAUGGACAGUAGUGAUGCGUAGCUAGCUGCAAAAAGCUAGCCGGCCGCUCAUUCUGUGCAGAGAGCUUGGUUGUUUUAAUCUUGUAAAAAAAUAAAAAUAAAUACAAAAAAUAAAAAAAUUCUUAAAUGUUCAUCACAAUGUGAAACUUGUUGUUUCACUUGUGUGGUAUUGUAUGUAAUGUAUGCACUAUGCUUCUCAGAUAGUACCGGCUGUGCCUUGUUGUCCUAUUUUUCUCUUUAUUUCAAAAUCUUUUAAUGAAGACGAGAUUUCAAAUCAAUGAAAAACCUUUGUAACGCUUGUAAUGUUCUUUUUUUUUUUUAUACUGGACUUGGUAUACAGUGUGUAUUCUGUAUAUUUUUUUGUAUUGUGAAGAAUGUCUUAUUUUCAAUAAACAAAGCAUUGAAUGCUUGAA